AUGAAUGUUGAAAAGCUCAAGAAGAUGGCAGGUGCCGUGCGCACCGGAGGGAAGGGUAGCAUGCGCAGGAAGAAGAAGGCUGUACACAAGACCACAACUACAGAUGACAAAAGGCUCCAGAGUACGCUGAAAAGAGUAGGAGUGAACACCAUCCCUGGUAUCGAAGAGGUCAACAUCUUUAAGGAUGAUGUGGUUAUUCAGUUUCUCAAUCCUAAAGUGCAAGCUUCGAUUGGUGCUAAUACAUGGGUGGUCAGUGGAACUCCACAGACAAAGAAACUGCAAGAUCUGCUGCCAUCAAUUAUCAAUCAACUUGGUCCUGACAACUUGGACAACCUGCGGAGGCUUGCAGAGCAAUUCCAAAAGCAGGUCCCCGGUGGUGCUGCUGGCAUCGAGGCUGGUGCCAGUGCAGGUGCUGCUCAGGCUGACGACGAUGAUGAUGUUCCUGAGCUUGUCCCUGGAGAGACAUUUGAAGAGGCCGCUGAAGAGAAAAAGGCAGAGUCGUGAUUUUGAUGCAUGUUUACUGUUGUGAAGGGUUAUAAGUUAAGCGGCGCCAUUAGAGACCACCUCCCCUUUCAAGAAUUCUGACCUACCUUAUUUGUGCCAGUGGACCGGUUUUGUCAUGUACGCGAGUUUCGUCUGAUAUGUUGGUGGAAUUUUGCAUCAAAAUACAUGCCUCUUUUGGUUGCCCUCA